GAACUACAGUAAACAAACUGUACUGAAACCCCACACUGAAGUAAGCUCGAAACACACCUGCAGUCCAGUGCGGCUUAUGACCACCUUCAAAUAAUAACAGACUACUCUAGGCCUAUUCAUUAUCGACACACUUUAUUUCCUCGAGACCGCUCAGAAUCAGAAAAUGACAUCUAAAAAGCAGAGUUUACUGAGAGAAGCGUCUCAUCAGAUCAUAGCUGGUGGAUCUGCAGGUCUUGUGGAGAUCUGCUUGAUGCACCCAUUGGAUGUUGUGAAGACCAGGUUUCAAAUCCAGAGAGGGAAGGCUGACCCAAAUAGCUAUAAAGGCCUUGGAGACUGUUUCAGAACUAUAUUUCGCACUGAGGGAGUGUACGGCUUCUACAAGGGAAUCCUUCCCCCCAUUUUGGCCGAGACCCCAAAGAGAGCAGUGAAGUUUUUUACUUUUGAGCAGUACAAGAAGCUGUUGAGCUUUACUCCUAUAUCACCCGGAAUGGCUCUCUCUGUGGCUGGCCUGGGGUCAGGGUUAACCGAGGCUCUGGUUGUAAAUCCAUUUGAAGUAGUGAAAGUGAGCCUACAGGCCAACAGGGAUUCAUUCAAAGUGCAACCAUCUUCAUUUGCACAGGCCAGAACCAUUAUAAACACAGACGGCUUUGGUCUCCGUGGGCUUAAUAAGGGCCUGACCUCCACCCUAGGACGGCAUGGCGUUUUCAACAUGAUCUACUUUGGUUUCUACUUCAACGUUAAAGAUGCCAUACCUGCCAGUCAGGACCCUCGACUGGAAUUCAUGAGGAAGUUUGCUAUCGGUUUGGUGUCAGGAACGGUCUCAUCCUGCGUGAACAUUCCUUUUGAUGUCGCUAAAAGCCGUAUCCAGGGUCCUCAGCCUGUUCCAGGGGAGAUCAAGUACCGCAGCUGUUUUCAGAGCAUGGCUCUUGUGUACCGUGAGGAGGGAUAUCUUGCCUUAUACAAAGGACUGAUUCCCAAGAUAAUGAGACUUGGACCAGGAGGUGCAGUCAUGCUGUUGGUUUAUGAAUACGUAUCUGGCUGGCUGCAGAAGAACUGGUGAUCAUCUGCACAUCACCAUCAGUCUAUACUCCAUCCCUUCCAGGUCGAUCAAACACAAUGCCACGAUUGUUCCUCAACAAUCAACACUACCAACCACAUUCAGAAUCACAGCUCCUCAGACAUGUGACAUGUAGACUUUCCACCACAGAUGCUUUGCAAAAGCACAGUCACUCACUGGAUCUCGACAUUCCAAGUCUCAUUUAUAUAAAACAGAACACAACUACUGAGAUAUCUGAGAGUUACCUAUCCACAUGCCUGCAGAUGUAAUAGGAACCACAGCAGCUCUACACACCCUAACUGAAAACACCAAACGGAAAUAGCACCUCAUUUUUAACCUAAAUUCAGAAUUUUUGACUUGAUUCGAUUUGGUUGUAAAUCCAUCAUACUGUAUGUAAUUUUCCAUGUUGAAGCUAUUCAAAGCUCUCAAGGUCUCACUUCUCAAUAGCCAUGUCAACAGUGUUUCAAAUUCAAAGCACCCCUUGAUAUAUACUGCCAAAUUUAGACAUAAGCACAAAUUGAAUUAUUGGCAUUCAAAUUGAUUUCAGACUCAUUUUUGAUAUAUAAUAAUAAGUAAUUAUAACAGCUUGUUGCCCAAAGUGGUUACAAGUAUUCAUGUAAUAGUUGUAUUUUGCUAAUAAAUGCUCCUGAACUACAAUAAAUGUAUGAAAUUGGUUGCUGGUGCCUUGAAAUAAAACUCUUCAAAAUUA